AUGGACACACUACCAACAACGCAAACAACGUUCAAUGACGAUGAUAGUGACGAAGAGGAUACAGAAGAGAACUGUGAAGAUGAAAUUGAAGAAGAAGACAAUGGACAGAUUCACAGCAAUGACUUUGUAGAACGCCCAGCAGAUCCCAAAACCAACGCCAGCAUCUUGUUGAUCGUGGGUCCUAAUGUCGAAAACUUGAAAGGACUCGAGCUUCCUGUUUCGGAGGCUACUGGGCCUCUUCACAACGCAGAAAUGAAGGGCCUCGGUAAUUCUCCGUGCUGCGCAAGAAAUCCUCGAAGGUUUUGA